AUGGCACUAGAGCCUUCAGACCUCAAAGGUCUCACCAUUGGCAAGCCCACACCAGGAUCUCAAUCCAGCCCAUACCAGGAUCCCAACUCCAACCCACACCAGGAUCUCAACACCAACCCACACCAGGAUCACGACUCUGGUCCACACCGGGAUCACAACUCCAGCCCACACCAGGAUCAUGAUUCCGGCCCACACCGGGAUGACAACUCUAGCCCGCACCGGGAUCUCGACUCCAGCCUGCACUGGGAUCUCGACUCCAGCCCAAACCGGGAUCAUGACUCUAGCCCACAUUGGGAAUUCGACUCCAGCCUACACCGGGAUCUCGACUUCGGCCCAAACCAGGAAUUCGACACCAGCCCAAACCAGGAUCUCGACUCCGGCCCACACUGGGAUCAUGACUCCAGCCCGCAUCGAGAUCUUGACGCCAGCCCACACCAGGAUUUCGACUCCGGCCCACAGCGGGAUCACGACUCUGGCCCACACCGGGAUUUCGACUCCGGCCCAUCCCAGGAUCACAACUCCAGCCCACACCGGGAUCUUGACUCCAGCCCAAACCGGGAUCUCAACUCCGUCCCACACUGGGACCACGACUCCGGCCAAAACCGGGAUCUCGACUCUGGCCCAAACCAGGAUCACAACUCCAACCCACACCAGGAUCUCAACUCCGGCCCAAACCGGGAUCACGACACCGGCCCACACCAGGAUCUCAUCUCCAGCCCGCACCAGAGUCACAAAUCCAGCCCACUCCAGGAUCUCAAAUCCAGCCUGCAUCGGCAUCACGACUCCAGCCCACACCAAGAUCUCGACUCCAGCCCACACCAGGAUCACGUCUCCAGCCCGCAUCGGGAUCUCGACUCCAGUCCACACCGGGAUUUCGACUCCGGCCCACAACGGAAUCACGACUCCGGCCCACAACGGGAUCACGACUAUAGCUUGCACCGGGAACUCGACUCUAGCCCACUCCGGGAUCUCGACUCCAGCCCGCACCAGGAUCACGACUCCGGCCCACACCAGAAUCUCGACUCUAGCCCACAGCGGGAUCAUGUCUCCGGCCCACACCGGGAUCUCGACUCCAGCCCAAACCAGGAUCUCAACUCCGGCCCAAACCGGGAUCUCGACUUCGGCCCACACUGGGAUCACGACUCCAGCCCACACCGGGAUCUCGACUCCGGCCCAAACCGGGAUCUCGACUUCGGCCCACACUGGGAUCACGACUCCAGCCCACACCGGGAUCUCGACUCUGGCCCAAACCAGGAUCUCAACUCCGGCCCAAACCGGGAUCACGAGUCCAGCCCACACCGGGAUCACAACUCCGGCCCAAACCGGGAUCACGAGUCCAGCCCACACCGGGAUCACAACUCCGGCCCAAACCAGGAUCUCAACUCCGGCCCAAACCGGGAUCACGAGUCCAGCCCACACCGGGAUCACAACUCCGGCCCACACCGGGAUCUCGACUCCAGCCCACACCAGGAUCUCAUCUCCAGCUGA